AGUGCUGUAGCCUAUUUAUUGUUUUGACGCUUCAGAUUGCAUUGACAAUUUUAAACACGAUGGCGCAUAGCUCACGGCUACCGAUAGAAGACCUUGAUCUUGGAGCCCUUGAAAACUUUAGUGAAUUCGGGCUUUCGUGUGACAGUCAUAAGCAUCAUAAAUUUUCUAUACCCGAUAAUGAAUGCGAAAUCAGACUGAAAGCGACUAAGGAUGUCAAAAUUAGCGCGCAAUUAAUAAGUUGCAGUGACGAAUCGAAAAAACUGUCCGAUUACGUUUUCACGCAGAGGAAGGGUAACACCAUCUCCUUCGUCAUCAGCUUCCCCGAAUCUGGCUAUUACAAGUUUGAGAUAUAUGCUUUGCCCUCAAACUACGAAAAUAAGAUCCUGCCUAACGUUUUUAAUUAUUUGAUCAUAGUGGACCGGGCGACAAAAGUUGCACAUGUCUUCCCCAAACAGUACGCUCAGUGGCAAGGCGUCUGCUACUUGUACGAACCACUCUUCCUCGACUCGUCCUCUGGUCUCCAAAACAUCUACUUCAAGGUGCACAUCCCCAAUGCUGCAAAGGCGGCGAUCGUUGUUGACGGCAAGGACUGGCAUCAUUUGCAAUUAACGGGAGAGAACUUCGAGAGUACGAUUGCUCUGGGUCACAGUAGAAACAAAAACUUAAAGCUUACGCUAAAUGCUAAUUACGUGGCGGGUGGUACAAAUUAUACAACGCUACUAGAGUACACUAUUGUGAAUACGCAAAGGUCGUUGUCACUGGUAGACGAUGAAAGGAACGCGAUGGCUUCUGGCUCAUGGCCAGGGACAGAAGCAAAUUAUCUAGGAGCCCAUGAAAACUUUAGUAGAUUCGGGCUGUCGACUGACAGUCAUAAGAAAAAUAAAUUUUCUGUACCCGAUAAUGAAUGCGAAAUCAGGCUGAAAACGACGAAUGAUGUCAAAAUUAUUUCGAAAUUAAUCGAUUGCAGUAACCAAUCGAAAAACCUGUCCGAUUACGUUUUUAAGCAGAAGAAAGGUGAUACCAUUUUCUUCUUAAUCAACUUCCCCAAGUCUGGCUAUUACAAGUUUGAGAUAUUUGCUCUGCCCUCAAACCACGAAAAGGAGACCCUGCCUAACGUUUUUAAUUAUAUGAUUAAAGUGAACCGGGCAUCAAAAUCUGCACAUGUCUUCCCCAAGCAGUAUACUCAGUUUGAAGACGGAGGCUGUUACUUGUACGAACCGAUCGUCCUUAGUUCGUCCUCUGGUCUCCGAAAUGUCAACUUCAAGGUCCACAUCCCCAAUGCUACAAAGGCGGCGAUCGUUGUCGACGGCAUGGACUGGCGUCAUUUGGAAUUAAGGGGAGAGAACUUCGAGGGCGCGUUUGCUCUAGAUCGCUAUGGAAACAAAGACGUCAAGUUGGCGUUAAAUGCUAAUUACGGGACGAGUAACACACAUUAUACAACGCUCCUGGAGUACACGAUUGUUAAUACGCAAAGCUCGUGGUCACCGGUAGAAAAAGAAACGAAUGUGAUGGCUUCUGGCUCAUGGCCUCCGGUAGAAGAUCACUAUCUUGGAGCCCUUGAAAACUUUAGUAGAUUCGGGCUUUCGACUGACAGUCCUAAGCAACAUAAAUUUUCUGUACCCGAUAAUGAAUGCGAAAUCAGGCUGAAAUCGACGAAGGAUGUCAAAAUUAUUACGAAUUUAAUCGAUUGCAGUGACCAAUCGAAAAAGCUGUCCGAUUACGUUUUCACGCAGAAGAAGGGCAACACCAUUUUCUUCAUGAUCAGCUUCCCCAAAUCUGGCUAUUACAAGUUUGAGAUAUUUGCCCUGCCCUCAAACUACGAAAAUGAGACCCUGCCUAACGUUUUUAAUUAUAUGAUCAAAGUGAACCGGGCAUCAAAAUCUGCACAUGUCUUCCCCAAGAAGUAUACUCAGUUUGAAGACGGAGGCUGCUACUUGUACGAACCAAUCGUCCUUAGUUCGUCCUCUGGUCUCCAAAAUGUCAACUUCAAGAUCCACAUCCCCAAUGCUACAAAGGCGGCGAUCGUUGUCGAUGGCAAGGACUGGCGUCAUUUGGAAUUAAGGGGAGAGAACUUUGAGGGCGCGGUUGCUCUGGAUCGCUAUGGAAACAAAGACGUCACGGUGACGUUAAAUGCUACUUACGGGACGAGUAACACACGUUAUACAACGCUCUUGGAGUACACAAUUGUUAAUACGCAAAGCUCGUGGUCACCGGUAGAAGAAGAAAAGAACGUGAUGGCUUCUGGCUCAUGGCCUCGGGUAGAAGACCACUAUCUUGGAGCCCUUGAAAACUUUAGUAGAUUCGGGCUCUCGACUGACAGUCAUAAGCAACAGAAAUUUUCUAUACCCGAUAAUGAAUGCGAAAUCAGGUUGAAAUCGACGAAGGAUGUCAAAAUUACCAUGCAAUUAAUCGAUUGCCAUGAUCAAUCGAAAAACCUGUCCGAUUACGUUUUCACGCAGAGGAAAGAUAACACCAUCUUCUUCAUCAUUAACUUCCCCAGAUCAGGCUACUUCCAGUUCGAAAUAUAUGCUCUUCCCGCAUCAGACACCAGCAAGACCCUUCUUAACGUUUUUAAUUAUUUGAUUAAAGUGGACCGGGCGACAAAAGCUGCACGCGCCUUCCCCAAGCUGUUUGCUGAGUGGAAAAAUGACUGCUACCUGUACGAACCGAUCGUCCUCGACUCGUCCUGUCCCCUUCAUAACGUCAACUUCAAGGUCCACAUUCCCCAUGCGAGAGAGGCAGUGGUCGUUGUUGAUGGCAUUCACUGGAACCAUUUACAGUUAAGGGGAGAUAACUUUGAGGGCACGGUUGCUCUAGAUCGCUUCAGAAACAAGGGUGUCAAGGUCACGUUGAAUGCCAAUUACGGGGCGUCUAACACAUACGUAACGUUACUGGAGUACAGGAUUUAAGUACAUGCUUUAAAGAUUGACACUAUUUUCUUUUUUCUUUUCUUUUUUGGUUUGUUUGAAAACAAAACAAACAAAAACGAUCGCUUAAUCUUUUGCAUACUGCUGUACUAUUUCAGAACAAAACUUUUUUUUUUUUUUUGGAUCUUUUUAUUAACGUUAAUUUUCGACUUACAUUAUUUCACAAUGAUUGUGUCUGUUCGACUUUGCGAUGAAGUUUUGACAUCAUUGUAAAGGUUUUGCUUGCGGCUGAAGUCACCAGAUGUUAUCAGUCUCCCCAUUCAUCGUAUAUAUGAGAGAGCAGUGCUACUACAUUAGUCGUUCGUCCAUAUUGGAAGAGAUUUCAGGAUACUCAGUUUCUGGAGGCAGCAGUCGAGGAAUUCGCCAUCUCAGAAAAACUUUCAAUUGUUGGAAUGCAGCCGAAAAUCCUCUCGCCAGAACACAAAUAAAUCACGAUUUACCGGCACUGCUGGAUACAAAACAACUUCCUAAGUUAGGCUUUCGGGCAAGAAUGUGUUUAUGAGCACAAAUAGGAUGAUUCAGCUCUGGAAUUUCAGUCGUUAUCAGAAUAUCUAGCAACUUUUUCUUUUCUUGUUUGUUUGGGGGGUUUUGUUUUUUCGAUUUUUGUUUCUGUUUUGUUUCUCUGUUUUUUUAAUGUUUGCAUAACGCACGGAUAGGUAAAAAUGGUUUCCUAGCGUGGAUCUAUCAUCAUUAUUGUUAUAAUUUUCUAGCAGACAUCACGAUGGAUGGAUUAUUAAUGCAAUGUUAUUGUUUUUAUUGGCAUAGCAUACAAUCAUUGAGUAUCAAAUUCAUUAUUCAAGUUAGUAAUGUAAAAUGAUUUUUUAAUAUAUAUAUUCAAAAAUGAUUUGAAACACAAAUUAACACAAAAUCAAUAAAAUUAAGCACAAUAACCGCUUACAAGCAGUUUCUGGGAGCAUAUAAAGCUCAUUAUAUAUUUGCUUAGCUUUUAAACUUUUUUUCUUUUGUUGUUUUGUUUAUUUAUUUAUUCGAUUACAAAAAUCGCUGUUGUGUAGUGUAAAAAAAAAAAAAAAAAAAACUUACAUUGUCAGCAAUAUAUAUUUAAUUCCAAAACUAACCCAAAAGCGGUCCGCUAUGCUGAUUGUUUUUGGAUUCUUGGUCUUCACUGUUUCAGAAGCUUCAAUAUCUGUAGAACUUGAGAACUACCGUAUUUCCUCUAAUAAGCGUCGGGCCUUAUAUAAACGCCGGAUCUGUAACACUUUGCAACACAAUAAACGCCGGGCAUCUAAUAAACGAUGGGCCUCUAAUAAGCGCCGGGUAAGACAACCGAAAACUGAUUACUCCCUGGCAUAAUUUAAAAAAAUAAAAAUAAAACCUUAUUAAAAAUGAUUGGUCCUUUUUUAUCACUUCCUGUCUCAAAAAAAAAAAGGCCGGGUCUCCAAUAAGCUUCGGGUCUGCGACCGUUUUGAAAUUAAUAAGCGCCCCGAACGCUUAUUAGAGGAAAUACGGUACAUCAUUGGCAGUACACUUAAAGUAAGCUGGUUUAUUUUACCAGAGAAAGUGCGGUAAGGUGUGAAGACAAUUUAUUUCACAAUUGCCUCUGUGUCAUGUUAAUAUUUCUCAGUAUCUGAGUAAAUUGAACGUUGAAUUCAUUUCGGUUAUUUAUUUCAAGUUACUACAUUGCUGACAGUGUCUGUGGUUGUAUCAGAUUGUUUUGUUUAGUCAUUUUUAUAUUUUAUUACUUAAUAAAUCGGUUAUGUAGAA